AAUGCAAUCGAUCUCGAGUUGGACGCCCAACUAUGAGACCCAAACUGUUGUCAAGACGGCACGCCCCAGUAGUCUGCUCCACUGACGUGGCCUGAGGGAGAAUAAUUUGCUGGGAGAGAAUAUAGAGCAUAGAAUUCAUUUGCCCACGCAGUUAAAUGUUACCCUUGGUUCAUUUCUCUCGUCAGCCAUAGAAUCUCACUAUCCAUAGCCCCUUAGCCUGGCGAAGGCUAACGCCCCCAGGCUCACCUGUAAGUCGGCAGAGUGUGAAACAUGAGAACAGUAUUCAUAUGUAAAUGUUGACCCCCUGAGUCCCACGCACGGGGUGUACCACGGGAUAUAACGUUCGACUUCGCUACAGCAGGAUAACCUUGUAACACUCACCCAGUCCCCAGGGGCAGUGAUUUCUGUAUAAAACGUCUCCGUCUCGACCUCUACAGCUCACUGAAACGUUCCUCAGGUGUCCCUGACACGUCUCUAUAUCGCCGACGAAGAAACAAGAGCGAGCUGAAGACUACACAGUAGCUAGGGUCGGUAGCAGCACCUGACAACACUUGGCGGUGAAGAAACAUGGACGGUCCUGUUGAGAUAGAGGACGUGGACUACGGCCCUUCCCGGGGACAGAAGUGCAAGAAAUGGUUCAAGGAGAACCUCCUCCUGCUGCUGACCAUCCUGGGAGUGGGGCUGGGGAUCCUCAUGGGGUUUCUCAUGCGUAUGGCCAACCUGUCCGAACAGAACAUAGCCUACUUCGCUUUCCCUGGAGAACUGUUCCUCAGGAUGCUGAAGUGCAUGAUCCUGCCGCUCAUCCUGUGCAGUAUCAUCUCUGCUCUGGCCGCUCUGGACGCCAAGACCUCCGGCAGAGUAGGCGGCCGGGCGGUGGCGUACUACGCGUUCACUACUCUGAUCGCUGUUAUCAUAGGCAUCAUCCUGGUGGUGAGCAUCCACCCUGGACAGGGAGACCCGAGCAAGAUCGAGAGGGCGGGAAGUUCCCGCAGAGUCAGCGCCGCAGAUUCUUUCUUGGACCUCAUCAGGAACAUGUUUCCUGACAAUAUUGCCCAGGCCUGCUUCCAGUCGUAUAACUCCCGGAUCAUAGAGAGCACCGUACCUAACCCUGCGUACACCCCUCCCAACAUCACCGCCAUGGCCUCCACCAUGACCACCAUGGUGAUGAACGGAACAGCCAUUCCUGAGGAGAUCACGGUGUUCGUCACACAAGGAGGCUACUCUGACCGACUAAACGUUCUGGGCAUCAUUUCCUUUUCCAUCUUCUUCGGGGUGGUGUUGGGCCGUAUGGGCGAGAAGGGCAAGCCUCUGGUCCAGGUCUUCACCAUCUUCAACGACUGCAUCAUGACGCUGGUCUACCUCAUCAUGUGGUACUCUCCCAUCGGCAUCAUGUUUCUCAUUGCGGGUAAGAUCAUGCAGAUGAUCGACCCAGCCAAGCUGGUGGGGCAGCUCGGCAUGUACAUGGUGACUGUCAUUGCAGGACUGGCCAUUCACGGCUUCAUCAUCCUCCCCGGGCUGUACCUGAUCUUCACCCGGAAGAACCCGUUCAAGUACAUCGCUGGGAUAGGCCAGGCCCUGGUCACGGCGUUCGGUACCGCCUCAAGUUCUGCUACCCUGCCGGUGACCAUCCGCUGCCUUGAGGACAAGAACGGCGUGGAUCCCCGCGUGGCCCGCCUGGUGCUGCCGGUGGGAGCCACCAUCAACAUGGACGGCACUGCGCUGUACGAGGCCGUCGCCUCCAUCUUCAUCGCCCAGGUCAACGGCAUCACGCUCAACUUCGGGCAGAUCGUCGCUGUCAGCGUCACCGCCACCGCUGCCAGCAUCGGGGCUGCCGGGAUACCGUCAGCUGGACUCAUCACCAUGGUGAUCGUUCUGACGGCUGUGGGGCUGCCGAUCGAGGACGUCACUCUGCUGUUUGCCAUCGACUGGUUCCUGGACCGCUUCCGGACCGCCACCAAUGUGCUGGGAGAUUCCAUCGGCGCGGGGAUCAUCGACCAUAACGUGCGGGGCACACUGCCGCCCCUGCCCACCGACUAUGAAGAGGUCGCCGCGGAAAGUCCCCCCGCAGAAGGUCCCCCUGCCUACAAUGGGGACAGCAAAGGCAAAGCUCCGAUGAAUGUUACCACACGGCUGUAGCCAGUAAACCACAUUACCGUUGACAUGGUCAGGUUGUCGAGAAGGCGGUAGGGUGGCUACCAGGUAAAGACGUGACGAUUUUGUACCGUUUGCAAAUGGAGCUGAGUUUUGUCUUGUGCACGACAAACAGAUGUACAAAUUGUGACACUUAUUGAUCUAGUAGCCUAGUCCGCACUCUCUUCUUCGUCUAGUGGACGAGAAAUACAGCAUCAUAUAUUGAAGCUGCCGUACAAUUUGAUUUAGAUGACUUUAUCUUAUAAUCUAAAAUAUAUAAUCUAAUUUUACAAACCGUGAUUGCUAGAUUACGGACCAGCAGAGUGUUGGAUUUGCCAAAAUCAAAUCAAUAUAUUUCAUUGUGAUUCUCUGAUACCAUGCAGCCAUUUUUCUUAUAAAUGUUAGAGUCGAUGUAAUUGUAAAAAAAGAUAAUAUUAUAUAUUAUUAUAUAUCAUUACAAGAUGAUUACAAGAAGAUUAGAUGAUUACUUAUAACGUUAGUUGUUUACUUGAUCAACAUGUUGUGUUUUAAGUGGUUUUAUAAUUAGAAGCUCAAUUUAGUAUUUUCUCGAUUGCCAAUUAUAUCUAAUGUUAUCACUUUUAAUAUAGGGUUAUAACGUUUGGGCUUGUCAUGCUAGGCUGCAGAAUUAGUUUUCGUGUAUAUGGUACUACUAUGUAACCAAAGCAAAUUUGGAAAAACAAUACUUAAUAGUGCUAGUAUGUGUACAUUUUAAAGUCAGAUAUAAAUUUGUAUAAAAAUACUUAAAACAAGGCUUUUGAUGUGUGCCAUAUUUCAAUAAAAAGUAUAUAUUUCA